GUUCACCGUCUCUGUUCUCAUACCUCUAUGACUGCCAGCGGGCUGGGAGCGUCGUGCGAUUCACAACAAUAACUGUGGUUCAUAGUUGGUAGGGUGUGGCGUGUUUGGUGUUUGACGCAGGCUUUAGCCAAUUCAGAUUUACAUUUAAAUUUACACGAACUCUCGGCGAAUUAUGAGUAACCGUAACGUGAUUACUCUUGCCGUCCUGGCGCUGAUCGCGGUUGAAGGAAACGCGCUGUACUGCUACAGGUGCAACAGCAACAGCCCAGGAUGCGGAACACCUUUGAACUGGCUCUGGUACUGGGGAGAAACCUGCCCCGAGUACGACGACAAGUGUGUGAAGAUCAUCGAGAGGAAAGGAGCCGAAACGAUUCUGACCAGGGAAUGUCUGAGUUCGGUACGCGGAUUCAGGACCGACAUACCCGCCGACAAGUACGAGGGCUGUAGGCCAGCUGCAAAGGAUGUCAGACUCGGACAUUACGUUAAUAACUCGAUUACUCAGCUGGAUAUACACAGGGAUUAUUACGACGAGGUGACGUGGUGUUUUUGCUACUUUGACCACAGAUGCAACGGAGCUGCCGGUCUCACAAUCUCCGUCAGUUUAUUGGCCCUGAUUUAUUUCGCGAGAGGCAUGAUAUAGGUUUAGAUGCAGCUCUUUUAAGAAAUUUUUUUUAUUACGACUAUGAUACGAUCACGCUAAACAAGUCGGAAAUUGACCUUCUAUAGAGUCUUGGUUAGACUACUAAACUAAAUAAAUAGACUACUAGACUAAAAUAAAAAUCAAUCACAAAUAAAAUUAAAAUGUCGCGGGGAAAAAAACAACGCAUACAUCCAGAUUCUUUGUUUAACGUGGGGAGACCGUUACCAACCGUAAGAGUAAAAUUCUGUCUGUUCAAACCUACGCGUAUCUCGACCCGUGUGAAUAAAUUCUCUACUAUGACAUUGUUGAAAAUCACAAUUAAUUAAUUGGUUAAUUAUGUUAAUCAUUUUUUGUGUUUUUCUUGCCUUUGUCUUUUUGUUCAAUAUUUUUUUUUUCCUUUUUUCUUUCUUUCUCAUUGUUCACACACACACACACGCGUUGCCCAAUCGUAAUUAUCGUUAAAACUCCAUCCAGUUUUCAGUUUAUCAUUUAAAAUAUAAUAUAAUUCACCGUCGCUUCCGUCGUGCGGAUACAAACCAACUAUCCCAUAAUGUCCAGCAUUUGAACUAACCUUCGUUAAUGAUACCUUUCCAACUUUUUUUUUUUUUUUUUUUUUUUUUUUUUUUUUUUUUUUUUUUAAUAUAGUCUUGGUUAGACUACCUUGCAGUAAUUAAUAUAAUCAAUUUCGACUGUCAACAAUUGCCGUCCGUAGUAUUUUAUACUCAAGCUACUAAGUAAGAUUAUACUUUGUUUUAUAAUAAUAGUGACUAAGUAAAAGAAAUUUGAAUUAGUUUAAAGUGCCUUUUGUCACAUGACAACUAACAUUCGAAGGGAUCUACUGUACUCUCCGUCCAUAAAAUAUUCCCAGUUUAACACGUUUUGUAUUAAAUCUUUAUAGCUUACGUUAUUUUGUAUAUACUCCAUAAGAAUCUGAGUAGUACAUAAGCAUAAUUGUAGUAUAUUUAUUGUAUCUAUGUAAAUGAAAGGAUUUUUAUCACUGUAGACAGUGAAAGUGUCUACAUCAACGACAAACAUUCAAUAUACAUAGAUCUGAAUGCGUUCUAGAAACGCCCUGGUAUCAUAGUCAUCGAUUUUUAUAAAAUUACAUAUUUUUUCACUCCAAAUUGUGUUCUCAACUACUGUAAGAUAUAAUAAACGAUAGUUGAGGUGA